UGGAGGAGGGCAGGAUGUGGGUGUACUUCUCUGCACUGCAGUCCUGGAAAAUCUGGGCCUUGGCUGUACUGCUGCUUUUCCUGCUCUUCCUCUACAUCCGCAACUGGUACAGGGAACGGCAAGCAGUAAUGUCAUGCGAACUACUGCUUGACCUAUUGAAUGAAUACGACAGGGAGAUCAAGGAGCCCGUGUGCCAUGGAGACCCUGGUGACGUCACCUACGCGAGCAGGUUUUACCCGGAGUUCUCCAUUUGGCCACUGAAGUCCAGGAGAAACAAGUGCAAGGUGGUGGAGGAGCUGAUUGAUGAGCUUCUGAGCGUCUGUCAGACAGUUCCCCAGGAUUACUUCAUGCCACGGCUGCAGCCAGCCAUUGGGGUGGGCGUUGGCUUUGAAGGCAGGGGUCCCGAUGGAUGCUACACUGUCUACCGCAUGCUCGUGCCCCUGAAGGCACCCCCGGGCCACGUCUUCCACUUGGAGGUGGGCCCCACUGAGAGGAUAGGCGUGAGGAACUCCUGCAUCCGCGUGGAGCUCCAGUGCACGUGCAAAAGGAAGCUGCACAUGCCGCACACGACGUGCUUCCUCCACCACCCUGAGGACCACCUGAGGAGAGAGCAGAUGCCCGGCCUCCUACAAGCCCUCUGCAUCAACUCCUACUUGGAAAUGGAGAAAACCGCAACCUGGUUCCAGGAGCUGGUGAGAGAAGCCUGGGAGGCUAUGCCUCAGUCGGCCACAAUGAACCUCGAGUUGCUGCCUUCCAACCGACACUGCAAGCUCAAGCUGACCACCGCCACCAGCCACAUCCUCUGGAUUGAGCUCAUUCUCGGGGUGCAGCAAGACUCGCAAACGUUCCUGACCUUUGAGUAGGCAGGGGCUGUCGUUAGCAGCAGCACGAGGUGGCCGCAGAGACGCGCUGCUUCAGGAAACAGCCACUACAGCAGGUUACAUCUGAUGGAUUUCAAAAGAAACUGCUUGCUUAAGGCAGUGUUUGGAGUACAGCAAGACCAUAAAGACAUCUUUCUGAGCAGCCAGGAGACAGAGGCAGCUACACCCAUAUCCUAGUGGCCACCGACAUUUCCACACACGCCACAGGAAUCCAGGCUUUUACAUG